CUUUCCUCUCCUUUCCGAGUUACCGAAACCCUAGAAUUCUAGGGUUUUUCUAAACCCUAGAUUUCCUCACUCGAGGAGCUCUUCUAUCAAACCAAGGUGCAACAAUGGUGUCUUAUGAUGGCCUAACUCUCUUGAAGUUUCGAUUUUUCCCGUUUUAUGUUUGAUGUUGAGGUGUUCUCUUGGAUGAAUUUUUUGAGAAUUUGUGGGGUUUGUAUGGGCGAUGAGAUGGCAGGAUGAACCGUCCCGUGGGAUCUAGUAUGCACAUGAUGCCUCAGGGGGCGCCCACUGUCCACGGCGGCCUUGGCGGUGGCGACGGUGAGAUACAGUACUUGGAGGAGCAGAAUCAAGGCGUUCAACAAAACAAUGGUGAUGAAGGGCUGGAAGGUGCUAUCAGAUGCCUUCGCUGUGGCAUCAGUGCCAAAUCAACUCCACAUAUGCGCCGUGGCCCUGAAGGACCCAGGACUUUAUGCAAUGCGUGUGGAAUUGCAUGGACGAAGAGUCUGAAUAAACAGGGAAAAUUGAGAAAAGUAAUUGACUUUGAUGCUCCUAGUGAUGAUGCAACAAGUGAGAAAAUGGUGCCAGAAGUUAACAUGGAGUUUGAAAGCGAAGAUAAGGCAUAUGAAUUCUACAAUAAGUACGCUGGCCAUAUUGGCUUUAGUGUGAGGAAAAGUUCAGCAGACAAAUCUUCUGAGAAUGUUAUCAGAUCAAGAACAUUUGUGUGCUCAAGAGAAGGGUUCCGCAAGGACAAAAAGGGAGCUAAAGAAGUGAAGAGACCCAAGCCAGAAACCAGAAUUGGUUGCCCUGCACGGUUGACCAUCAAGCUAGUGCCAAAUGGUAAAUAUCGUGUGUCUGAAUUUGUACCAGAACAUAAUCAUCAACCAGCACCUCCUUCAACAACGCAUUUGUUGAGAUCGCAUAGAAUAACUACCGAGGUUCAGGCUGCUGAAGCAGACUUGUCUGAUGAUUCUGGAACAACCCCAAGGUCUACAAAUGAGCCUGCAGCUAGGCAGGUUGGAGGUUUUCGAAAUGUUACUUUUCUUCCGGCGGAGUAUAAAAAUCAUCUAAGGUCAAAGCGGAUGAAGGCCAUGCAAAUAGGAGAUGCUGGGGGAGUGUUGAAAUACUUGCAGAGCAUGCAGCUUAAUAAUCCAUCAUUCUUUUAUGCCAUACAGGUAGACGAGGAUGAUAAAUUGACCAAUGUUUUUUGGGCAGAUGCGAAGUCUAUGAAAGACUUCAGCUACUUUGGUGAUGUUGUCUGUUUUGACACAACCUAUAAAACAAAUGGAUAUGGAAGACCUUUUGCACCAUUCAUUGGUGUCAAUCACCAUAAACAAACUGUUAUAUUUGGUGCAGCACUGAUAUAUGAUGAAACUAUUGAAUCUUUCAAGUGGCUUCUUGAAACUUUCAAGAUUGCAAUGCAAGGAAAGCAGCCAAAAACAAUUCUAACAGAUCAAUCUAUGGCAAUAACCAGCGCAAUUUCUAUGGCUUGGCCUGGCACAAUCCAACGUCUGUGUUUGUGGCAUGUCUACCAGAACGCUUCAAAGCAUCUUAAUCAUGUCUUCCAAGGUUCAAAAACUUUUUCAAAGGAUUUUGCAAGAUGUAUUUAUGAUUAUGAAGAUGAGGAGGAGUUCCUUACGGCCUGGAGGAUGAUUUUGGAGAAGUAUGAUCUUAGGAACAAUGAAUGGUUGGGCAAGCUUUUUGAGGACAGGGACAAAUGGGCUUUGCCAUACAGGCGAGAAAUAUUUUGUGCGGACAUAAAAAGCACAUUACAAAAUGAAAGCCUGAGUAAUGUGUUGAAGAAGUAUUUGAGCCCACAGCUAGAUUUGCUGUCCUUUUUCAAACAUUAUGAAAGGGUAGUAGAUGAGCAUCGUUAUGCAGAACUACAGGCUGAUUUUCAAGCAAGUCAAAGUUUCCCAAGAAUACCUCCAUCGAAGAUGCUGAGGCAAGCUGCUAAUCUAUAUACACCUGUUGUCUUUGAAAUUUUUCGGAAAGAAUUUGAGAUGUUCAUGGAUUGCAUGUUAUAUAGUUGUGGCGAGGUUGAGACAACAUCUGAGUAUAAAGUGAUUGUCACAGAAAAACCCAAAGAGCACUUUGUGUCAUUUGACCCAUCUGAUUGCUCAGUCAUUUGCACCUGCAAAAAGUUCGACUUUAUGGGGAUUCAGUGCUGCCACGUAUUAAAAGUGUUGGAUUUUAGAAAUAUUAAAGAGCUUCCACUGAGAUACUUCUUGAAGAGGUGGUGCAAGGAUGCGAAAACCGGGCCUGAGAAAGAUGAUAAAGGGAUUACUGUUGAUGGUGGUCCAAAGUCUCCUACGACAACACCCGUGAUGCACGCACCGUUACCUUCACAACCUCAUCUUGGUUUUCAUCCAAUGGCAGAAUAUAGUCAGGAAUGUCCUGUUUCUGAUCUGCAUCACCAGACGGUCCAUGGUGCAACUCAGCUAAGUCAGGGAUUCUCUAAUACCGACAUGCAUUCGCAACCAUUUUUUGGGAGUUCCCACCUGAGCCAGAGGACAACAGAACGAGAUCGUCGAGGCAUUUAACAUUCUCUUUCCGGAUCUACAAGAAGACAAUUAUGUUUUCGGAGUUUAUAUCGAGAGCAGUCUUCCUUGUUUUGCUUGGGAUACAAACUCAAUAAGCUAAUGCCACAUUCCUGUGAGAUUCUACUCUGCGACGAGGGAAUAACAAGCAGUACAAUGAGGAAGGUAGACGAUUAGCUUGGCAGAUAUAUAUAUAUUUUUUUUAGUGUUCUGCUGAAGUCCAUUUGUAAUAAAAAAUCACUCUCGGAUAUCUCUGUAUGUAUCAUUGUAAAAAAAAUCUGAACAUAUUUGCCGUGAUAUAUGCGCUUCUGUGAACUCAUUGUUUGUCUUGUAAAUAUGUUGAAGAUUGAAGGACUCAGAUAAAAUGAAGCUCAAAAUAUACUAUAUAAAGUGUGGUGCAUUGAUCUUAUGUA